AUGGCUGCAUCCUAUAUCGCGCCAUGGACGGGCAAGCAAGUCAUAGUUGAGCUCGCUGCUCCCCCGCACGAGCGGAUACAGGGCACAAUAGCGGAUCUCGUUCCUCAGAGUCACCUGGGAUUAGAGAAUGCAUAUUAUCUCAGCUCAGGACAGAUGCUCUUGCAUCUCACCAUUGCCUCAAGCAACAUCCGCGACCUCCAGAUCAUCUCCUCAGCCGCCACCGAGGCACCACAUAGUCGCCAGAACUCCGCCUACACGAUCCCAUCUUACGCAUCUCCAGCCACGCUCCAGCAGCCAAGCGCCCCGCUACCAUUUCAUGAUCCUGCCAUCAUCAGCAUGAACGAACGGCCGGAGAAGAUAGUGGCGCAAGACGAGAAUAUCCAGCCAGCAGCAUACGGAAAUACAGCAAGGCAGAGAAACAGUGUCGUGAUUAUGAAUCCAGCAGAUCGCAUGACGUUCUCGUCUCCGGAUCAGACUGACACGACCACCACACCCGGCCCAGUAGCCGAACUCCAGGCCCCUGUCAACGAACCUGGAAGGCUGGAUACGACCGACGACGACGAAGUCCUUGGUACACCAACAGCAGAGACUCCGCAAGCGGCUGCUUUGAAAGGCAAAUCGAAUCGCAGUCGUAACAGGAAGAAGGGUCGAAAUGGCCAGCAGGAGGUAAAUGGUGCACAAGAUUCGCGGACGAAAGCCACAACGCAAGGGAAAGGAUGGAGGCAGACGCCGAUACUUGAGUCGACGAAUUCAUUCCAGCCCUUUGCAUCCCUACGAAAGAGCCAGAACAGGCGUGGUCUGGCGGGACCGAACGGAGAAAAUGGCUGGGCUUCGGAGGAUGUUACGGACGUCCAGGAAGCUGGAGAUUUUGACUUCGAGGGUGGGCUUGCUAAGUUCGACAAGCGCACGAUCUUUAAUGAGAUGCAGAAACAGGAUGAGGUCGAUGAGUCACUACGGUUAGUCGGGCACAACCGGCUGCCGAGACCGAAACCCGGCACUGCGGGGGGCAAGAACCUUCACUAUUCCGAGAACGUGUUGGAUCUGCCGUCUGGCUCUGGGCAAAGAAUGAAGGAAACGCCAGACGAUUUCUGGAAAAGUGAGGCUGAUGAUGGCAUCCUGAGACACGAUGGGGAACGGCUAAGCGGGCGAGAGGGCGGUAGCGGCCGUACGUCUCGCCUCCGGGGAGAUUCUCGAAUGUCAACCUCCCGCCGCUCUCAAUCUCGCAAGGCUAGUGGCACAGCGACGAUCGGUGGUGCGGGGAGCCUUCCGAUUCGAGUCAACUCCAGCCUCGCCACACACUCUGCCGGCCAAGGUCUUUACGCUGUUCCUUCGAAUCGCAAAGUCGAGACCGUCACACAUCUCCAAAUGCUCGUAGUGGAGAACGUUGCGCAGAACGACUUUGAGCUCACUGAUGAGCUCAUGGCCGAAAAUGCAGGACGGAGCAUUGCAGAGGUUGCCAUGAAGGCGCUGCAGGAUCCCGCGAUGAAGCUACGGAAGGAUUCUGUCUCGAACUCACAAGUGCCCACAAUAGCAGUCUUGGCUGGCAACAACAAGUCAGGCAUACGGGCGGUCGCUGCCGGACGCCAUCUUCGCAAUCGGGGCAUCAAUGUCUUGAUAACCGUGGUCGGCAUCGAACGCGAAAAGGAUCUCCUUGACGAUCUUCGGAAGCAGAUCCGCCUCUUUCGUAAUUUUGGCGGCUCGGUCACGACAAGUGCAGGUUUGUACGAGCAGUUGACGAAACCCACGGACAGCCUCAGCUCGUCGCCUCAAGCCUCAGUCACGCUGAUCAUCGAUGCGCUUCUUGGACUCACCAUCUCAUUUGAGGAGCUACGCAAAUCAGAGCAAGCCACAACAUACGAACUAAUGCAAUGGGCGAACCGCAAUGAAGCGUUUGUCAUGGCGGUCGAUAUUCCGAGCGGCAUUGAGCCUUCCAGCGGCAAGGUCAAUGUCAUUGACGGAGCAAAGCUGUACGUGCACCCGCGUUAUGUCGUCGCUUUAGGUGUACCGAAGCAGGGGCUGCUCAGGGCCAUUGAGAUGGGCGAUGAGUCGGGAGACGUCUUCAUGGUCGAUGAAUGGAAGCUGUACCUGGCGGACAUUGGUCUGGGCGCUCUCGUCUGGCGCAAAGCGGGCACCAAGAUCCGCAAGGGCGUCGACUUUGAUGGCAACGGGGUUCUCGAGCUUCGCUAUCAGCCACCAGUGCUGGCAUGA